AUUAUAAAAAAAAAAAAAAAAACAAAUAAAAAAAAUAUUUCGAAAUCAAACAACAACAAAGUCAACACUUACCUUAAAUAACCAACUUUGCAAUACCUCGAAACCACUCAACGAUACUCUCAAAGUAUAGAAAAAAAAAAUAAAAUCUAAACUCACAACUAUAUUACUGUAAGAUAAGAAAAAGCCAGAACAUAAAACAAAAAAACUGGAGAAGAAAAAAAAAAAGAUACCGAAUCACAAAAAAAAAAAUAUAUAUUUAUGCUUAGGUUUUAGGAUAUCGCUAAAAAAUAAAAAUAAUAUAAACUAGUCAACAAAAGAGCUAAAAAAAACUUACAAAAAAUAACAUCAUAGUCCUCCAACCACUACCACCAUCACCAAACACCACCACCAACAUCGCCACCACAAAUCACACAAAAUACAAAUAUAAUAUGCCUGUAAUUUCGCCCAGAAGAUCAACUUCAUCAACCAGUGGAAGUUUGUAUAUACCACAAACAACCAGUGGCACAUACUCCUCGAGCUUAGCAAACAAAUCCACCGGAUCCGGAUCCAGUGCACUAUCUUCGUCGUCGUCUUCUUCCACAAGUGGCUAUAGCUCAACCUAUCGAAGCAACGGAUAUACAAAAACUCCAUCAUCGACAUAUUCGAGCAGCUCUUUCUAUCCUGGAUCAUAUUUGCCUCGAUCAACAUAUCCAUCGGUUAGUAGCAGAAGCUCAUACUCAAGUAGCUCAUCAUCGUCGGCUUUAACUGGUGGCUCAUCAGGUUUAUCUUCCUCAUAUCGUGCCAGUUCGUACCUGAGUGGCGGAAAUAAUGAUACAACAACAUCAUCAAGUCGAUUUGGACAAAAACGUAGUGUUGAGGCUAAAACCACUACAACCUCCUCCAACAACCACACAACCACGUCAACUUCUGCCGCCAACAACACAACCACCACAACAACAACUUCUAACAACACAACUUCAAUUUCCAACAAUCCAAACCAAUCGACAACUACAACUACAACAACAACUGCAACUGCAACUGCAACAUCAGCCAAAGCUGGUAAUCAACAAUUCUUUUUAAUUUCCGCUUUCAAGGAUCAGAAUUUCCUUAAGAAAGAAUGUGAAUUGGCACGCUCGCAAGUCUCACGAUCGAGACAGAGAUUUGACAACAAUAACGGUAUUGAUGAUGACAACAAUAAUAACAACACCAAUAACAACAGCAAUAACAACAACAACAUCGAUGACAGUCAAUAUGUCAACAAUAAUGAAAAUGGUGGAUCUCCAUUAUUAGCAGGAAAGGCAGGAAGUAGCAUUGUCACUUACAUCCAUGACAAUCAAAAGCUACAGGGUGUGAGCAGUGCUGCCAGCGCCAAAAAUCAGCCCUCGAUAAAGCCCCUUAUUCAUCGUGCCCCAAAUAGUAGUAACAACAGGUUUUUGUCGUCGUCGUCGUCACGAUUGGCCGCAGCCAACAACAACAUGCAUUGUCUGCAUUCGAAUUCAGAAUUGUUGGAUGACAUUAAGUACAUCGAUAGCGAUGACACCGAACGUCAACAACAACAACAGCAGCAGCAACAACAACAACAACACCAAACAAGACAGCACAAACCGAAACUCCGACCAAAAUCUUCCAUAAUCUCCUCGUCCAAUCAGAGUUUGCUCUUCGAAAAGGUCAACCCGUACAAGUAUCAUAAUGGAACUUUGCUCUCCUCGUCGCCGCCAGUUUCAUCAUCGGCACCAACUUCGACAACAUCGACAGCGACAUCGUCGCCGUCAUCAACGUUGCCAUUGAUGGGCGGACGCAGAUGCGAUACAUCUAGCAUUAAGGCAUCUAUUGAAAAGUUUAAUACUCUUGCCGAAGCCAAACGUCUACCAACCCGAUGUAGUACUACCAAUUUACAACUUUCCAACGAUUAUGAUAGAAGAGUUCCGCUGAGGGAGCGUUCGGCAUCCCCAGCUACAAGUAGCAGUACGGCCACAACCCGAGGUUCUAGCAUUACAUCGAAUCUAGCCGCUAGCAAUAGUACGAGUAGCGGCAGUAUAGCAAGUAAUAAUUUGAUCCUUAGAAAUCGUAGUACCGAAUCGUCGCCAUCACAUUCGCCAAAAAAUCUGCGAAAGACUUCGAUAACUCAGUUUACAGGUGGUUUGCAUAAUGGAAGUACAUCGAAUUUGGUGAAAAGUAACGCCACCUAUGAGAAAAUUACAUUAACUACGGUGUCAAUGUUGAGCUGUCCAACGCCAACACUGUCAACAGUGACAUCGAGAACGAUAUCGAUUGACAAGAAAAUACCAUCAUCAACAGCAGCGCCAUCUGCAUCGUCGUCGAAUUCGUCGCCAUCGAAUAAAAAUUCUGACAUUGAUGAAAGUGUUCGAAGUACCUCAUCAUUACGGACUACCCUUCCACCAUUGCCACCGAACCCAACACGUGAUUGGGAUCGUGACAGUAGUAGAUCAUCAAUUUUAUCCAGUCGAAAUCUUUCAGAUGAUUAUUCGUCGUCGUCAUCGAGAAAAUUAACACCAGAACAAGAAGGAUUAUGCGGACUGAGAAAUAUCGGCAAUACAUGUUUCAUGAAUUCAGUGAUUCAAUGCCUGAGUCACACUAGCGAGCUAACAAAAUUCCUGAAAACACAAAAUGGUGUCAGAUCCUCAUCGUCGAAGGAUCAACAAAUUUUAAGUGAGUUUGCCAAAUUAAUCCGUGAAAUGUGGACUUCAAAUGUUAACAGCGUUACACCGAGUGAACUGAAAAGGGCAUUUUCCAGCAAACACAGAAUGUACAGUGAUUACAAUCAACAAGAUGCCCAAGAGUUUUUGCGUUUCUUUUUAGAUUCAUUGCAUUCAGCAUUGAAUUCAGGUGUAAAAGGUGAUCUUUUAAAAAUUGAUGAAAGUUUAAGUGACAACAGAAAAGCUGACAUUACGUGGGAAUGGUAUGCAAAAGCAGAAAACUCUGUCAUCCGUGAUCUAUUUGUUGGCCAAUUAAAGAGUACACUCAAAUGUACGGUUUGUGGCAAUACAAGUGUUACUUUUGAUCCCGUUUGGGAUUUAAGUGUGCCGCUUCCCUCAUCCUCGCGGUGUAAAUUAGAAGCCUGCUUGGAUCUAUUUAUACGGGAAGAAGUGCUCGAUGGAGACGAGAUGCCAACCUGUUCAAAAUGCCAAACACGACGGAAAAGUACGAAAAGCUUUACAAUUCAACGAUUUCCGAAGUACUUGGUUAUUCAUUUGAAACGCUUCUCAGAAACACGAUGGAGUAAGAUGUCGAAUAUUGUGGAAUUCCCUACUGGCGAGCGAGAAUUGAAUAUGGGUCCUUAUGGAUCUAAUUCAAGUACAAAUGUUUAUUAUUCGUUGUAUGCAAUUUCAAAUCACAUGGGUUCAACAGCAGGUGGACAUUAUGUAGCGUUGUGUAAACAUCCUAUCACCAAAAAAUGGCAUGAGUUCAACGACAACGUUGUGAGCAGUGAAUUGACGGAAAGUCAUUUAGUGUCAUCUAGUGCCUACAUUUUGUUCUACGAACGAGCUCAUCCACGACAAAAUGAAGAGCACAUCAUCAAUAAUGCCGCCGCCAACAGCUCCUCCUACUUGUCAAAUCGAAAAAAUCAAAAUUUUAAAAGAAAACAACAACAACAAUUUGUUGUUGAUUUUCCUGAAUCAAUAUUUUAUUCACCAACAAAUCAAAUCCAAUCCAAUUCAAUAGAUUCAAGAAUUCAUCAAAUUAAUAAUAAUAAUAAUGAUGAUGUUGUGAGAUUUAAUAAAAAAAGCUAUAACCAUCACAAUAAUAAUUAUCUGCAAGGACAACAAGAACCGAUUUUCUUAAUCAAUGUUCUGCUGGGAAUGAUGUUUUAUGCAAUUUUUUUUACAACUUGUUAUUAUUUCUUUUUUUCUAAGGACAGAAAAUUAUAGUUAUUAGUUUUUAACAAAAAAAAAUAAUAAUUUGUUUAUUAAAAUAGAACA